AUGAACGUCCUGAAACUGCAAAAGAAAUACCCUCAAUUCCAGCAGUCCGACAUAUACGGCCUGACCGAUGCCUUCCGUAAGCUCGAUGUAGAUGAGCGAGGAUGGGUGGACGAAGGCACAGCGAUCAAAUCAGUGCAGAACACCGAGCGACAGCCAUACGAUGUGGUACGCCAGGCAUUGAGAGAGGUAGAGCUCGGUAGCUCGCGGCAUGUCGAACUGGAAGACUACGUCGACCUCAUCUCACGUCUGCGUGAGGGCAGCCAACAACAACAGCGCAUCAGCACCGGACCGCAACGAUCACGUGGCCUUAGUACUGCUGCGGAUGGAGGAGCGGGAGGAGCACCUCAAGGCGCCGGUCAUGCCAGCAAGAGCAGCCAUGGUGGAGGACGCAUCACAGUCGGCGGUGCUACCGGUAGUAGUCAGCACACCAUCAACGAGGACGAGCGGACUGCUUUCACAUCACACAUCAAUGCCGUGCUUGCGGGCGAUGCUGACAUCGGACACCUCCUUCCAUUCCCGCUCGAGACGUUCGAGAUGUUUGACGCAUGCAAGGAUGGACUACUACUCGCCAAACUCAUCAAUGACAGUGUGCCGGACACGAUAGACGAGCGCGUACUAAACAGAGUCGGCAAGAAGAUCAAGCAGUUGAACGCUUUCCACAUGACGGAGAACAACAAUAUCGUUAUCGAGUCCUCCAAGGGCAUAGGAUGCAGUGUGGUCAACAUUGGCUCGGGAGAUAUCAUUGAAGGCCGAGAACAUUUGAUCUUGGGUCUGAUCUGGCAGAUCAUCCGACGUGGUCUGCUCGGCAAGAUUGAUAUCAAGUUACAUCCAGAGCUGUAUCGUCUAUUGGAGGACGGUGAGACGCUCGAGCAGUUCUUGCGAUUACCGCCAGAGCAGAUCUUACUGCGAUGGUUCAACUAUCACCUCAAGAAUGCCGGGUGGCAGAGGAGAGUGAAGAACUUCUCGGCCGACGUAAAGGAUAGCGAGAACUACACAGUUUUGCUCAACCAGCUUGCACCAAACACCUGCUCCCGCAGCCCUCUCCAGACGUCAGACCUCCAUCAGCGUGCCGAGCAAGUCCUGCAGAACUCGGACAAGCUCGACCCUCCAUGCCGCAAGUUCUUGACUGCCAAAUCUCUCGCCGCCGGCAACCCCAAGCUCAACCUUGCAUUCGUCGCCAAUCUAUUCAACAACCAUCCUGGUCUUGACCCAAUCACGGAAGAGGAGAAGGCAGAGAUUGAGGACUUCGAUGCAGAAGGAGAGCGUGAGGCUCGCGUGUUCACCCUGUGGCUCAACUCGCUGGAUGUCAAGCCACCCGUUGUAUCAUUCUUCGACGAUCUCAAGGAUGGCGUCGUGUUGCUACAAGCAUACGGCAAAGUCAUCCCAGGCUCAGUAAACAUGCGACACGUCAAUAAGCCACCAGCAAAUGCCAUCAAGGCUGUCGGACAAGACGAAGACGAAGCAUACCUCACCAUCAAAUCUGGCAUGAGCCGCUUCAAGGCCGUGGAGAACACAAACUAUGCCGUGGAAAUUGGCAAGCAAAACCGCUUCUCCCUCGUCGGUAUCCAAGGCGCAGACAUCACAGACGGCCAACGAACCCUCGUCCUCGGCCUAGUCUGGCAACUCAUGCGCCGCGACAUCACCAACACCCUCAUCUCCGUCGCCCAACGUAUGGGCAAACGCGAGAUCACAGACCCUGACAUGGUGAAAUGGGCGAACGACAUGUCACAAAAAGGCGCAGGCAACAAAUCACAAAUCCGUAGCUUCAAGGACGGCUCGCUCGCUACUGCUAUCCCAUUGCUUGACGUCCUGAGUGGGAUGAAGAGUUCGUACGUGGAUUAUGAUCUUGUGGCCGGUGGUAAGAGCGAUGAUGAGAAGUAUCAGAAUGCUAAGCUGGCUAUUUCGAUUGCGAGGAAGAUGGGGGCGACGAUUUGGUUGGUGCCGGAGGAUAUCACGGCCCUGAGGAGUCGGUUGAUUGUUACGUUUAUUGGGAGUUUGAUGGCUACGGCUGAGAAGUUGGGUUGA